AUGGAGAUCCUCAACUUUUCCCAUGCCAUCAACCUCAGCAGUACCAACAGAGUCAUGGCCAGCCUUCUCCCUGGAAGUCCCUACACUGCUGUGGAGAUGAUCCUCAUCAUCCUCGUAGCCAGUUCUCUGAGUCUGGUCACCAUCACUGGCAACAUUCUGGUCAUGCUCUCCAUAAAGGUCAACAGAAACCUGCAGACCGUCAACAACUACUUCCUCUUCAGCCUAGCAUGUGCAGACCUCAUCAUCGGCUUGUGUUCCAUGAACCUAUACACGGUCUAUAUUGUGAUUGGUCACUGGCCCUUGGGAGCAGUUGUGUGUGACCUGUGGUUGGCUGUUGAUUAUGUUGUUAGCAAUGCUUCAGUCAUGAACCUCCUCAUCAUCAGCUUUGACCGUUAUUUCUGUGUCACAAAGCCACUCAGCUACCCUGUACGUCGUAGCACCAAAAUGGCAGGUUUGAUGAUUGCUGCAGCCUGGGUCCUGUCUUUCAUCUUGUGGGCACCAGCCAUUUUAUUCUGGCAGUUCAUUGUUGGCGGGAGAACUGUGCCACUAGACGAGUGCUACAUCCAGUUCUUCUCCAAUGCUGCAGUGACGUUUGGCACAGCCAUAGCUGCGUUUUACCUGCCAGUAGCCAUCAUGAUCGCCCUCUACUGGCGCAUCUCCAAGGCAAGCCGCAGCCGAGUGAAACGGGACAGUAGGAAGACUUCGGGGACCAGUUUGGGGGAAGGCCCAUCACAGAGUCAGGAGGAUGGAUGUCGGAGUCAGCCCAACGACUGCACCAUGAGCACAGAAGAGGACAGGGAAGUUGUACAUGGAGAGAAGGGAAUGGUGCAGCAGCAGAAUGGGAGCGGCCCCUGCAAGGAGGACAGAACACAAACGAAGGGCUCAACCAAUGACAGCGAGACUGUCAGCAUCCCCAUUUCAUCAUUAAACGACGAUGAGGAGGUUGAAUCAGCUCCCGCCACCCUAUUGCAGGAGAGAUUAAAUGUUGAGAAAGAGACAAACCAGACACAGUGUUGUUCGCAGACAGGGGCCAAAGGCCGCGGAUCCAAGCUUCCGCAUAUCCGACGUAACGCCCAGACUGGCCAAAACACCAACACCUGCCCAGAGACCUCAGCCACAGAGAGACAGAGCCUGGUGACAAAGACAUUGUUUAAGGUCACCAAACGGAUUUCUGCACAGACGACGAGGAAGAGUGCCUCUUCCAGGGAGAAAAAGGUGACUCGCACCAUCAUGGCCAUCCUGGUGGCGUUUGUCGUGACCUGGACACCUUACAAUGUGAUGGUCCUCAUCAACACCUUCUGCUCUGCGUGUAUCCCCAACUCUCUUUGGACUAUUGGUUACUGGCUGUGCUACAUCAACAGCACCAUCAACCCAGCUUGCUACGCCCUCUGCAACACCACCUUCAAAAACACCUUCAAGCACCUGCUCCUCUGCCAAUACAAGAACAUACGCUCUGCAAGAUGA